AGUCCACCCUGGCUGCUACUGCCUGCUUUGUUUUUGAAUGGUAGCAGAAAGAAAGAAAAAUCCUUCCUUUCCCUCCCACUCAGUGCCCGGUCUCGAUUCCAUUUCCUCACGAGGUCUUUCUUCCCUAUCUGCUGGCUCAUCCCAUUCCCGUUUCUUAUCUACAAAUUUCGCUUAUUUCUCUUGAGUCUGUGCCGUCCGAUUCCAUUUUACUCCCAUGGCGGCGGCGGCGGCGCAUGAGCCGGAGGUGAUCCGUGACAAGGCAGCGAUGCGCGCCUGGUCGCGCCGCCGUCGCGCGGAGGGCAAGACCGUCGCUUUCGUCCCCACCAUGGGCUUCCUCCACGACGGCCACCUCUCCCUCGUAUCCGCAGCGGUGGCGGCCGCCGCUGGCCCCGUCUCCGUCGUCGUAUCCAUCUACGUCAACCCCAGUCAGUUCGCCCCCACCGAGGACCUCGCCACCUACCCCUCCGACUUCGCCGGGGACCUACGUAAGCUCGCCGCCACCGGCGCCGUUGCUGCAGUUUUCUGCCCCCCGGACCUCUACAUUCGCGGAAGCGCUGGCCACCCAACCGCCAGCGCGUCCGGGGGCGCGGCCUCCUGCCUGGAGGAGGCCGGUGGGCAUGCGCACGAGACGUGGAUUCGCGUGGAGCAGCUGGAGAAGGGGCUGUGCGGGAGCAGCAGGCCCGUGUUCUUCCGUGGCGUGGCCACCGUGGUCGCCAAGCUGUUCAAUAUCGUAGAGCCGGGCAUCGCUGUGUUCGGGAAGAAGGAUUAUCAACAGUGGCGCGUCAUCUGCCGGAUGGUUCGUGAUCUUGAUUUCGCCAUUGAGAUUAUUGGCUCAGAAAUAGUGCGAGAAGCUGAUGGUCUUGCCAUGAGCUCCCGCAAUGUACACCUAUCGUGUGAGGAAAGGGAAAAGGCAUUAUCCAUUAGUAGGUCACUGGUGAAUGCUAGAACCUCUGUGCUGAAUGGAAACAAUCAUGGCCAACAAAUAAAAGAUCAAAUAGUGCAGACACUUACAGAAGCUGGCGGUCAGGUUGACUAUGUUGAGAUUGUGGAGCAAGAAAGCCUGACGCCUGUUGAGAGGAUCGAUUGCCCUGCUGUGAUUUGUGUGGCGGCAUGGUUUGGGAAGGUGAGGUUGAUUGACAAUAUCGAGAUCCAGGCACCAUCGUGAGAUUUGGAAUUCAGAUGAGCCUCGAACGAGGAUGUGUUCAUCCAGGGCGGCUUCUUGUUCUGCACCGAUACCAAACAGAGAGAGUGCUGUUGCAGUUUCAGUCCCUGACUUUGUGGCUGGAUUAAUAAUGGUGAUGCUGCUCUAUGUAUAGAGAGCUGCUAGUAGUAGCCAAUACGGUCUGACCGCCUAAUUUUUACAUUUUUAUCCCAUGCUAUGCUAUA